AGAAAAGUUUUAAAAAUGUGGCAGUUUAUGGACCAGUCUGAUAUUGAGACCAUGAGGAGCCUGAAGGACGCUAUGGCCCAGCACGAGUCCUCUUGUGAGUACAGAAAGGUGGUGACGCGUGCGCUGCACAUCCCUGGCUGUAAGGUGGUUCCGUUCUGUGGGGUGUCUCUGAAGGAGCUCUGUGAAGUGCUCGACGGCGCCUCCGGCCUCGUGAAGCUUUGCCCACGGUACAAUUCCCGAGAGGAAACUUUAGAGUUCGUAGCAGAUUACAGUGGACAAGAUAAUUUCUUACAACGAGUGGGACAAAAUGGCUUAAAGAAUUCGGAGAAGGAGUCCACUGUCAACAGCAUCUUUCAGGUCAUCCGCAGCUGCAGUCGAAGUCUGGAGACAGAGGAGGAGGACAGCCCCGGUGAAGGGAACAGCUCCAGGAAAAGUUCCCUGAAGGACAAAACCUGA